ACCGCCCACAUGUGGAAAAUGAAUUUUGAAGUAAUUUAUUCGUUUUAUGCCUCUGAACUAAAAAACGAAAAAUCAAGCCGAAAUCUCGUUUUUUCAAAAAAACGAACAAACGAAUAAAGGGGCCGUUUUCUCGUUUCUGCUUAUUUCAUUUCAAAUUGGAAAACAAACUAUCAAAACGUACACUGACCAAUUUUCCAUGCCCAGUCCGUGUUCUUUGCUCUUUGUCCACUUCCGUGAGUUUCACUGUUUGUUUGUUUUUUAAUUAUUGCCAAAGCUGUAUAGAGAGUGUCAGAGAGUGUUCUGUGCUCUUCAAAAUGAAGCGAAAAAUAAUUCAAUCUGAAAAAAGAGAUACGUCUGCAGGAAGAUUGCAACAAUCCGGUCAGAAACCCAAGGAUUUAAACGUGCAUGCAAGAUCGCAAUGGCAAUGGACUAACAUGUUCCUACUUUCUCUCUGCAUCUUCUCUGCAUCAAUACCAUUUCUUCUGCAUAUCUUCUCUGCCUCUAUUGACCUCAGCCGACCAUCAGAUAUAGGGCUCAAUCACACUAUAAACAUGUACCUCACACCUGAACAGGGGGUGAGGGUGGGCGUGUGGCACACUGUACCCGAACAUAGAUGGAAGGAGGCGCAGGGGAAGGAUCUGGACUGGUAUGAGAAAGCUCUGGGGGACGGAUCGCCCAUUUUCAUUUACCUCCAUGGCAAUGGGGGCAACAGAUCUGCACCCCAUCGAAUUGGAAUUGCAAAUGUCUUGAGUGCUGUUGGAUAUCAUGUUUUGGUGAUGGACUACAGAGGUUUUGGGGACUCCACUGGUGAGCCUACAGAGGCCGGUCUGACUACUGAUGCUGUGUACUUGUACCACUGGGUAAAGGCACGCAGUGGAAACAGCCUGGUGUGUGUGUGGGGUCACUCGCUUGGUAGUGGUGUUACGACUAACACUGCAGUGAAAUUACUGGAGCAAGGAAAACAGUUUGAUGGAAUUAUACUUGAGGGUGCAUUCCUAACUGGACGGGUGGCAAGAGAUCAACGGAUGGAACACCCUUUUACAUGGUUUUAUUGGAAAUUCCCAUACAUUCAGUUCUACCUUUUCAAUCCACUUAAAAACAACAUUUUAGUCUUUCCAACUGAUGAGAAUUUGCAGAAACUUAGAACUCCCCUCAUGAUUCUGCAUUCUGAAGAUGACCAUCUAAUUCCCAUUGCCAUAGCUCAAGAGAUCUACAGAACUGCAAAAAAGGCCCAGAACUCGGAUAAGCGAGUCAAACUGGUAACAUUUGAUGGAUCGCUUGGAUACCUUCAUAAUGGGCUGUAUAAAGACUCUGGGUUGCCAAAUAUCAUAAGGGAGUUUGUGGAGUCACUGAUGACAUGAGAGACACACACAGAAGAAGGAGGAGGAUUUACAGGAUUUACAGUUUCAUAUAAUUGAUGUUGGAACUGUUGUACAAUUAAUAAUUGUAUUGUCAAUAUAAUCACAAUGUUGCCACUGGCAGUGUAUCUCUGACAGACAUGAAACUAUCACCCAUUUUAUGACUGAAUAGUGGUUUGUUUCCUCAGAGACAUAAUCAGCGUGAAGUGAUUAAACAACUCAUCAAAUUUUUUUUUAUAUAAAGGUUCAUCCUCAUCUUCAUGUUUUUUCUUUUUUUUUUUCUCAAAUGACUCAUCAAUAUGCAAAAAAAAUGUGCUCCUAAACAUUCUAUAUUUCUAAAUAAACCUUUUAAUUAAAUACAUAUUACAACUUUAAUUUGAAAUUAAUUCAAUAUGCAUGUAUUUGUGAAUAUAUUAAAGGUAUACUAUUUGACUCCUUUCUAAAAGCAAAUUUUAUUGUAAAAAUUAAAGAACAUUGACGGUCAUUGAAAAUGUGUAUAGGUGUAAAAGAUCCAACAAGAGGCUUGCAAAAUCUUCAGAAAGAAAGAAAGUUCUCCUUGGCCAUUGGAGACAGAGUAUAAAUAAACACUUGAUAAAUCUG